GUGAGGAUUUCUCUUUGGACAUGUCGAAGCGGCAGUGCCCCUAAAAUAUCCCAGCCAGCGAGAACACAGGUCUGAACGAAAUGCAACCCAUCAUCGUCGCCAUCCUCGGGGCUCUGAUCCGCAGCGUUGCUGCGCAAGAUGGCCCGCCUCAGGACUUUGGUGAAGCGUUUCCAUCCGGGCUCGCGGUCCUCAACGACGGCCAGAACGGCCGGGGGCUGAAGAGCAUGCCGACCCCAUCAUACACCAGCCAGCGGUGGCCGGGCGGCCUGCUGCCCGAACCGUGCGCCAGCAUCGGCGACGCGUACGGCUGCCCCCGGACGGACUUUGAGGUCUACAACGUCACAUACUCGGAUUGCCCGGUCCCAAAGACAAUCUGCAGGUGCAGCAACUCGCUCAUCCCAUUCGACGAAAUCGCCGAGGAGUUCGGACGCAUCCCGAUGGCGGCCCGGCAGAUGGUAAGGACCUUCUCGUCGGUGCAGACCGGCGGCUGCGGCGGCUUCUCCAACGGCGCCGACAUCUGGCUCGUGGGCGCAUGCAGAGGCUCGCCGUCCGUCUACUUCCACGAGGUCGGGCACAUGCUGGACUGCCAGCGCGGGGGCGGCAGGGGGUUUUGGUCGGAGAUGCAAGAGUGGAAGAAUGUCGUGACCCAGACGUCCGACACGUGCGUCUCGGAUAACUACGCAAAGAAUGGCUGGGCGGAUAACUUUGCCCAGACGGGCGUCAUGAUCGCUUACGAUCUCAACGUCGCCCCAAUCACAGACUACCCCGUGUCGUGCAUGAGCAACCAGAUCAGCAAGGCCAGAGAGGUGCUCCUGGGCGCGUACAGUCCCGACCAGGGCCGGUGCACGCAGUCGGUCAAGCAAGGGCGCGUGCUCUGCGUGAGCGACGAAGCGAGGGCGGCUGGGCUGUGCUCCGAGUCCCAGUUCAAAGUCGCGGCCAUCCAAGAGUCCAAGUUUAAGGGCGUCGAGUUUGUCGACCUCGAGGCUGUCAUCCAGGUCUGCACAGGCUUCAAGCGCCGCCGUGGCGUGCCUGUUCCCUUUGUUGCAUGAGUGCAGGGUUUGCUGCAUGAGUGCAGGGUUUGGUCUGCUUUGGUUGGGGAUUAGCGGGCUUGUUGUCACGUAUUUCAGCGUAAA